AUGCUGUCCAACUUCACAGAAAAGAUCACAAAGCCGCUCUCGCGGAAAAACACGGGCGUCUCGGAGGAGGAAAAGCCUUGGCACGCAGCAUUCCCUGAAGCCCGACACAAAGCGGCGGAUUUGCCUGAUGUCGAGAAGGAGGACGUGCUGAAUUUAUUGAAGGAAGGGAAGAAGUCAGGCGAGCAGGGUGGAUUCUUGUUGGUCGACGUGAGGAGGAAUGAUCAUGAGGGCGGCACUAUCCGCGGCUCACUCAACCUCCCCGCACAAUCUUUCUACUACUCCCUCUCAACCCUUCACCUACUCUGCCGCGGUGCCGGCAUCAAAGAAGUCGCCUUCUACUGCGGCUCGUCCUCCGGUCGCGGUCCCCGCUGUGCUGGCUGGUUUGCCGAUUACCUCGCUGAUCAAGGCGUCAAGGAGGACGAGAUCCGGAGUGUGGUGCUGGAGGGCGGGAUCAAGGGGUGGGUCAAGGGUGGGAAGGAGUAUGUGAGUUGGAUGGACGGGUAUGAUGCGAAGGCUUGGUGA